AUGAUUGCACUUCUGAUCGAUAAUGACAAUGAUGUUCAAGUGAUUAAUUCCUACGAUCAGUUUAAUUUCUUGAACACCAACAACUGUGAACAAAAUCUUCAUUUCUCUCUUACUUAUUUGACAAAACCAAAUAACAGUUCAAAGAACUAUAGUAUUCGUUUUGAUUUAUUUAAAAAAGACCCUCAAAUAUAUGUUAGCAGUCGGCACUUCAAAAUACGUUUUCCAUUUCUUCGUGUAUAUCGCAUGGCUGUCGUAUUAACUGUACCAAUGGAUUCAGUGUCUGGUUCGAGUGAUUGUCCUCUCCAAUGUCACAAUGGUGAAUGCAUACAGUAUAUGAAUGAAGAAACAUUUGUUGCCGAUGUUACAGUGGUUGGUCUGGUAGUCGAUGUGAUAUUUCUAUUGAUUGUAGCAAUUGUGCGUCUGGCUCAAUUUGUAUCGGAAUGUUUCAAAAUCGAUCUAUAUGUGUCUGUCCUUUGA